CAUAACCUAACUAAGUCAACAUAAAAUUUUGUUUUGGGUGCUUUGAAUCGGAUUUUAAGCUCGAAUAUGUCGAAUUUAAAAGCGGGCGGGCAAUCGGGUCGAAAAAAAGUCCAGGUAUCUAUGGUCAUUUGUGAUGUGGAAGAACGAAGACAUAGAUCAGGGGUAAACGCUUUACAAUUCGAUCCUAUGUUAAAUAGGCUUUAUUCCGCAGGACGAGACUCUUUAAUACGAGUUCAUGAACAUGAAAGAUAUCUACAAAGUAUGGAACAUCACACCGAUUGGGUUAAUGAUAUUGUUUUGUGUUGUGGAGGUAGAAAUUUAAUUUCAGCAAGUUCUGAUACAACAGUGAAAGUUUGGAAUGCCCAUAAAGGUUUUUGUAUGUCAACUCUUCGCACUCAUCGAGAUUACGUCAAAGCAUUAGCUUAUGCUAAAGAUCGAGAACAAGUAGCAUCAGCUGGUUUGGAUAAAUCAAUUUAUUUAUGGGAUGUUAACACAUUAACUGCAUUAACCGCCAGUAACAACACAGUCACAACUUCCAGUUUAAGUGGGAAUAAGGAAUCAAUAUACAGUUUAGCAAUGAACCCACCAGGAACAAUAAUCGUUUGUGGGUCCACUGAAAGAGCAUUGAGACUUUGGGAUCCAAGACAAUGCGCCAAAUUGUGCAAAUUAAAAGGACACACAGAUAAUGUUAAAGCUUUGGUUGUUUCAAAUGAUGGGAAAUAUUGCAUUUCGGGGAGUAGUGAUGGAACUAUUCGAGUUUGGAAUUUAGGUGCUCAAAGAUGUAUUCAAACGAUUCACGUCCACACCGAUUCAGUUUGGGCUUUAUUGGCAACGGAAAAUUUUCAAUACGUAAUUUCAGGUGGUAGAGAUAAAAAAGUGAUAAUGACUGAAAUUGGAAAUCAAGAUAAUCACGUUGUGGUUUGCGUAGAACAAGCUGCGAUUAUCCGGAUGUGUUUUACGGCGAAUCACGAUGCGAUUUGGGUCUCGACGUUCGAGUCUCACAUAAGAUGCUGGAAAUUACCCACCGAGAGACAUUUUAGAGGUGAAGCUCAAAUGCCCCAAAAUCCUAUUUCGACGAUCGUUGGAGGGACGGCAAUAAAACAAGCGGACGUUUUAAACGAUAAAAGACACAUAAUUACGAAAGAUAGCGAAAAUAACGUUGCUAUUUACGAUGUGCUUAGAGCUAAAAAGGUUGAGGAUCUUGGUCAGGUGAAUUAUCAAGAAGAACUUAAGAAUAGAUUUAAAAUGGUUUAUGUUCCAAAUUGGUUUAAUGUUGAUUUAAAAACGGGGAUGUUAACAAUUCAUUUAGGACAAGAUGAAGUGGAUUGUUUUUCAGCUUGGGUCGCGGCGAGAGAUGCAGGUCUCACUGAUUGUCCAGAUCUUGACCAAAAAGUUAAUUAUGGAAAAUUAUUACUUCAAUCUUUACUAGAUCUUUGGAGACCUGAAACGGAUCCUGAAAAUAAACCACAUUUUCAAGUACCAAGACACAUUCCUUUAAUUUUUAGCGAAGUUGGUGGAAGAACUCUUUAUAGAGUAUUAGUUAAUGAUACUCCAGGCGAUACCGAAUCAGCUUUGCUUUCAGAAACGGUUCCAAGUUGGGUGACCUCAAAUCUAGAAGAUAAUUGUUCGGGGAAAUUCAUAAAAGUGCAAUUUUAUUUACAACCGCAUUCUAGUGUACCUUCCCACCUUCUUAAGCAACAAGAUAAAACUAAAAAACCGGAUCGAUUGGUCGCUAAUGAUUUUAUUCAAUGUCGAAAGGUUGCUGAACACAUUUUAGAGAAAUUAUUGGGAGAAGGAACGGCUGGAUCUCCAGGAGGUGGUGAUAACGACACCAACGCUUUGGCUUCUAAUGGAACUAGCGUUGAUCAAAUUGAAUUAACUUGUAAUGAUCAAGUUUUGGAUCCAUCCAUGGAUUUAAGAACAGUUAAACAUUUUAUAUGGAAAUCCUCAGCAGAUUUAACAUUAUAUUAUAAACUGCUUCCCCCUAAGUAAUUAAAAAAAUUAUGUAAUUGACGUAUCUUUUUUCAUAUCUAGAUUUAAAUUAUUUAACUAAAUAACAUUUUUAAAUGUACCCUAAUUUAAAUCAAAUUGUAGUUAUAGUAUUUAGCGUUUAUUUUAGUAUCUAUAUGAAAUGAUAAUUAAUAAAAUUUGACUUGAUUAUUAUUA